GUGACAGAAGUCUACCUCUUGUGCCUUGGUAACAGAAGUUAACUGACGUCCUGAGGGAAACUGUCCCUUUUAAUAUUGCAUGCGCGCGCGGUCCUCUUUGUCUAUUCAACGACACGGAGGUGAUAGAUAGCAGACGUUGAUGGCUCUCGACACGUCAACAAGAAGAUCUUGUUGUUUUGGCCCGAUGCCUCAUCUUGGGCGGGUGAGAGAUGGGGUGUCGUGGCGCCUUCCCAAAACGCAGCACCCAACAACACCUACUACAUGGACUUCAGCCAGGCUUUCUCUCUCCUUCCCUUCCCUUCCCUCUCUCCUGCAAAACCAUCUGUUCUGUUGCCCUUUUGUAGGAAGCAGUGCGUCUCCUCUUCAUCGGUUCUCCUUCGUCCCACAACCGCGGAUUUACGACCUCUUGAAUCUGCCAGCAUUGCCCUGGCAGGACCACCGCGAUGAACAAGAAACACAAGCUCGCACUAGACUCGGACGACGAACCGUUGUCUUCGAAGAGACAGUUCGUUUUCGUGCCCGAGAAAACACCAGAGAAGGGCUCGAAGAAACCCAAGCCACGCUCAGGUCGGCAGACUUCGCUGGUCUCAUUCUUCUCCCGUCCAGCGAACCACUCCAACCACCGUGCCGUUGGCAACGUCGGGCCAGCACCACCAAAGGCUCAAAGCGGUGUCGCCGGCAACAGCCAUCCCACCCCCACUGCCGUUGGCAAGGACGGGGCAGCAGCACCCAAGCUCCAGAGCAGUGUCGCUAGCAACAACAACUCCAACUACAAUGCCGUUGGCAAGGACGGGGCAGCAGCACUAAGCUCUAGAGCGGUGUCGCCAGCAACAACAACUUUACCCCUGGUGCCGUUGGCAAGGUCGGGCCAGCACUACAAAAGGUUUAGAGCCAUGUUGCCAGCAACAACAACUCCAACCACAGUGCCGCUAGCAAGGUCAA